GUUCAGCAGCUGCACGGUUACUCCCCCUCAAAAGGUCCCGCCACUGUAACCCACAGAAGCCCUCCCCUCGGAUGCCCUAGUGGCUUUCUCCUUAAGGAGCCCCUCCGGGGUGGCGAGAGUCUCUUUGUUUCGUCCUCGCCCUCAUAAACCUGGUGCCUGUGCUGCUCUUAACCUUGCUGGUCGGUUCCAUUCUUGAGAACACAAUCCCGGCUUUUAAAAAACGGUUACAGCUUUGAAGGCUCCUUGGAGAUCUCCACGUCUUCUAACCAGGGCACUACAAGAAAACGAAAAUACCACACAGCGCAUACAAGGAGGACCUCUAUUUGAGCCCGGGCAUCCAGUUCUAGUUCAAUCUCUUCCUCCUCCUUCCCCCUCUCUUCAGCCUUCCUGAGAGGACCCCUGCCUGGUGAUCCUCUCCACCCCUUCUGCUGGUAAGAUUUCAGGAGGAGAUGCUUGGAUUCACCACACUCGUCUAAAGCCCUGGCGAGCUCCAGACGAUCCUCAGAAAGAAGGAGACAAGUACAACUGUGAGACUAUUGAAGACCUACAAUUCCUCUUCAAGAAGUUCAGAGAAGUGCUCCACCCCUUAAACGUCUCAUAACAACACCAUGACCCCCUAGGGCUUUAAUAUUUCUAUAUCUCACACUCUUAUGGUGCCGGCUGCCACAGGGAAUCCUCGAGUGGGUUCCAUUAAUCGCCGCUGCCUUUAUCUUAACUGACUGCUGGAUCUGUGGGAAGGAUUCUUUAGGCACAGUCGUCCCAGCCCCCACGUCUGUGUGGCUAUGAGCCAAUGACACUGUCACCCCCUUCAUCUCCUCUACCAGUCCUUUCCCCGGCGCUCACAUUGAAUGGCUGUUCUUCAAAGCCUGGAAGGAGGAUACGGAAACUAAAAGGAACAACACCCCUUGGUCCAGUGGUACCCUCACCCUCGCCCGGUUGGACCGACUCCACCUCAACGCCAGUGCCGUCUUCCCAAUCUGCUUUGAAAAUUCAGCGUCCAUCCCACACACGGGUCUCUUCACAGGUUGUUGAUCAUUAUGAAAAUCCUAGGAAUGUAGGAUCCCUUGACAAGACAUCAAAAAACGUUGGAACCGGAUUGGUGGGAGCACCAGCUUGUGGUGAUGUGAUGAAAUUACAGAUUCAAGUAGAUGAACAGGGGAAGAUUGUGGAUGCCAGGUUUAAAACAUUUGGCUGUGGUUCUGCAAUUGCCUCCAGCUCAUUAGCCACCGAAUGGGUAAAAGGGAAGACGGUAGAGGAAGCCCUGACCAUCAAGAACACAGACAUCGCCAAGGAGCUCUGCCUUCCCCCCGUGAAACUGCACUGCUCCAUGCUGGCUGAAGAUGCGAUCAAGGCUGCCCUGGCCGAUUACAAACUGAAACAAGAACCCAAGAAAGGAGAGGCAGAGAAGAAAUGAGCCCUCGGCGAAGCGACCGGCAGGUCAUAUACGCUGUCUGUCCACCCGCCACACGAUCACCGUAGAUGUUCAGAAGCCCCUCACACUACAGUACGAGACCCUCUGAGACACGCACAGCACUUGCUGGUCACGUUGUGGCUCUAAUGCAAGCAAAAUACACAGUUUACUCGUUCCAGACCCCGUGCUUUCUUUCAGCCCCCUUUUAUCGCCUUAACCCAGUUUGUGUAUAUUUUGAAUUGUGUGCAUGGCCUCAAAGCUGAAAUCAGGAACAAAGUCUGCUGUGCUGGUCCACGAAGUGCACCGAUACCUCGUUUCAGCUGACCCUGUCUGA